GUUGUAUGCAUUCUCUGCAGUGGACAACCAGCACUUGCAGUAUCUGUGGGACUGGAGUCAGCACAAUCUGACCAUUAGAGCUGGAAAAUUGUUCUUCCGUUUCAAUCCCAAGCUUUGCAUGUCUGAGAUCCAGAAAAUGUGGGAAAAGACUGGUGUUAAGGAAAAGAUGGAAGAGGACGAUGCUCGUAGCAAUGGAGAACGAGCAAGUUGUGAGAGUUAUAUUCUAAAGUUCAAAUCCAACCACACUCAGAGUACUCGGAUAAAGCUCACUUGGGAGCGAUAUCGACCGCCUGACUACAGAGACCUCAUCAGCUUCAUCGUGUAUUACAAGGAGGCACCAUUCCAGAACAUCACAGAAUUCGAUGGACAAGAUGGAUGUGGCUCUAAUAGCUGGAACAUGGUGGAUGUAGACCUUCCUCAGGACAAAUCGGCAGACCCAGGGGUAUUGCUGUCCCCUCUUAAACCCUGGACACAAUAUGCCAUCUUUGUGAAAGCUGUCACCCUGGUUGUAGAGGACAAGCACAUUCUGGGGGCUAAGAGUGAGGUGGUCUAUAUCCGCACUAAUGCAUCAGCGCCGUCAAUGCCCCUCGAUGCCCGGUCAUAUGCCAACUCCUCCUCAUCCCUGAUGGCGAAGUGGUCUCCUCCCAUCUCUCCCAACGGAAACAAAACCUUCUACCUGCUCCGUUGGCAGCAGCAGGCAGAAGACCGUGAACUUUACCAGCAUAACUACUGCUCUAAAGAGCUAAAAAUUCCCAUCCGCAUCUCAGCCACGGCUUUGUCAGACAUGGAGGGCGAAACAAAGCCCACCAAAUCAGAUGUUGGCGGGGGUGAGAAGGGCUGCUGCCCCUGCCCAAAAACCAAGGAGGACCUAAAGGCAGAAGCUGAAGACCGAUCUUACCGAAAAGUCUUCGAGAACUUCUUGCACAACUCCAUCUUCACACCCAGACCUCCUGACAGGAAGCGGCGAGACCUGUUUGGAGUGGCUAAUGGCACACUGCUGCAGAGUGCAAGCAGGAACAACACAGGAACGGAGAGUAACAUCACUGACCCAAAGCUGCAUGAGAAAGAGUACCCUUUCUCCGAGGACAAAGUCUAUACAGAGUUCAUGGAGAUAUCCAACCUGCAGCCCUUCACCGUGUACCGCAUCGACAUCCACGCCUGUAACUAUGAGAUCCACCGUUGCAGUGCGGCAGCUUUUGUGUUCUCUAGAACCAAACCAGCAGACAAAGCGGAUGAUAUUCCCGGCACUGUAACUCAGGAGAGGGAUGAGAGGGGAGAAGGAACAGUGCUGCUGCGGUGGCCUGAACCUCAUCACCCUAAUGGACUGAUCCUCAUGUAUGAGAUCAAAUAUCGCCUGGGAACUGAGCCUGAGAAGCAUGAGUGUGUAUCACGGCAGCAGUACAGAGUGCUGCGAGGAGCUCAGCUUAGCAAUUUGCCCUCUGGAAAUUAUUCUGCCCGGGUCAGAGCAACAUCUUUGGCUGGGAAUGGGUCUUGGACUGAACCAGUGUCCUUCUAUGUGCCACCCCCUAAAAGAAAUUAUGAUAAUGCCUUCUAUCUGGCCAUCAUUAUUCCUGUUAUAGUGCUACUGUUGCUCACUGCAGUGAUCUCCGUUGUCGUCUUUGUUACCAAAAAGAGGAAUAGUGACAGGUUAGGAAAUGGUGUGCUAUAUGCUUCUGUAAACCCUGAAUACUUCAGUCCUUUUGAAAUGUAUGUACCAGAUGAAUGGGAAGUGGCUCGGGAGAAAAUCACUAUGUGUCGUGAGCUGGGUCAGGGCUCCUUUGGUAUGGUGUAUGAGGGCAUCGCAAAAGGCGUCGUCAAAGAUGAACCUGAGACCAGAGUGGCCAUCAAGACUGUAAAUGAAUCCGCCAGUAUGCGUGAACGCAUCGAGUUCUUGAACGAAGCUUCAGUUAUGAAGGAGUUCAACUGUCACCAUGUGGUGCGACUUUUGGGUGUGGUUUCACAAGGCCAGCCCACUCUAGUUAUAAUGGAGCUGAUGACACGGGGUGAUCUGAAGAGCUACUUGCGUUCUCUCCGUUCCAAAGAGCAGGGCUCUAGCAGCCAGUCAUUGCCUCCGCUGAAGAAGAUGAUUCAGAUGGCUGGUGAGAUAGCAGAUGGGAUGGCAUACCUCAAUGCCAACAAGUUUGUCCAUCGGGACCUGGCUGCUAGAAACUGCAUGGUUGCUGAUGACUUCACAGUUAAAAUCGGAGACUUUGGCAUGACAAGAGACAUCUACGAGACUGAUUACUAUCGCAAAGGAGGCAAAGGGCUGCUGCCAGUGCGCUGGAUGUCACCGGAGUCUUUGAAAGAUGGAGUGUUCACAACAAAUUCUGAUGUCUGGUCGUUCGGCGUGGUUUUAUGGGAGAUUGCCACUUUAGCUGAGCAGCCAUACCAGGGCAUGUCCAAUGAGCAGGUACUGCGCUUCGUCAUGGAGGGAGGACUUCUGGAUAAACCGGACAACUGUCCUGACAUGCUGUUUGAAUUGAUGAGGAUGUGCUGGCAGUACAACCCUAAGAUGCGACCGUCUUUUCUAGAGAUCAUCAACAGCAUAAAAGAAGAACUGGAGCUGCCCUUCCGGGAGGUUAGCUUUUUCUACAGUGAGGAGAACAAACCACCCGACACUGAGGAACUGGACAUGGAGGUGGAGAACAUGGAGAACGUUCCACUGGAUCCUGCUUCUAUGAUGGCCCCCUCCUCUCAGGGGAGCACAGGGGCUCAGACACAUAGUCCACAGCCAUUCUCCCCAGCUCAGGGGCCAGGGACACCGAUGGGGUCUGCCCCGACCCCCUCCACCACACCGCCCUCCUCCUCAGCCUCUCCGGGCCUGGCCUUAGACAAGCACUCAGGACAGGUAGCAGCAAAUGGGCCAGUGGUGGUGCUGGGGCCGGCGUUCGACGAGACGCAGCCCUACGCGCACAUGAACGGAGGGAGGAAGAACGAGCGAGCGCUGCCACUGCCUCAAUCAUCGGCCUGCUGAUCAUGACUGCUCAGUCUCCCUCUACUCCUCACACAGGGUACCCACAUUUCCCUCACCCUUUUGUCUAUUUCGUCAUGUUUCUUUCGUUCUCGAGGCAUCAAAACCCAUGGUUGGCCGUGGUGACGAUAACUAGUUGGACUGUGUCCUGUCUGGAUGUCUGAGGAUCAUUUUGUUCAAAUGAUUUUGAAUGACUGAGGAUGUUUAGGGUGAUUGGUGACUACAAACCUACAAGAACUCUUGCAAUAUUUAAGAUUUCAGAACAAACCACCACAUAUAGAGAGCCCUGGCUUUCACUUGUGUGAAAAAAACUGUUUUAAUGUUUCUAAAUGAAGAAAACCUGCCAGUUCAUUGUGAAACAAGAGAGACAAGCAUAUUAGCCAGCAAGCCCAGCCCGUGAACACUUUCAGGGUGCGUACGAGAAACAAAUUACACAUUCCCCUCCUCAGCGCAAGUACUUUUCUUCAACUAAAACUGUCUUUGUCAUCACAUUUCUCUUUCAAGAUGCUGCAGAAACUUUCUUAGCUGCGAUCGCUUGUUCUCAAUCAGUGAUUGGUCACAUUACUGGUUGAUCCACCCUUCUACUUAAACCAUUUCAAGGGUGUUUGUUAGAGAGUGAGGUGGGCUUUUUUGGAACUGCCAAAUUUUUUGCCAAAUCAAAUGUUCUUUUUUUAUUAAAAAAAAAAAAAAGUUAUUUAUCAUUACCUAACCCCCUAUUCAUAGCCGAUUUUUCGAGGUUGCACUUUAAAGUAGCGCAAUCAAGGGACUAAACUCUCAUACUGUCUUUUAUGGGGGAUUUCUGGACCUCAUCUUUUACAAUCAGCUUGAGUUUGUAAAUCUUUCCCCUUUCCCCCUUUUAUAUGGCUCUCAUCUCCGACUAUUGCAUUGCAGUUCCUGCUGAACCCACCAUCUGUGAGCUGAGCCUCUGUGAGAGCGAUCUCUCAAGUCAAAAGAAAAGAUCGCGGCACUAAUCACGAAGGUGAAGAGAUUGGUGCACUGCAGAGAGGUGAUAUGAAUUAUAAGGGAUUGGCUCGAUCACGAAGCAAACUGAAAACAGGGACUUCAUUUGUUUCGACAUCUGUUUUGAGAGAUGAGUGAGGCAUUGUACACA